UAUAUCUAUAUUCUCUUUAGUGCAAUUAUUUUUCUCGAUAACUAUGAGUACGAAAGAUUCAGAUCAUUUCUCUCCAGAAUAUCGUAUCAAACAAUUAUUUCAGGAUGUUGAGAUUAAUCCUCAAUGUCCUUUGAUCAGAUAUUUUCGGUCUGGACCAGAAAUGAUAUCUAUGGCCAAAAUAUAUGAAAAGGAAGGAGAUAUUGAAAAAGCUUUCAUGCUAUAUUAUAAAUAUAUUACAUUAUUUUUGGAAAAAUUACCAGACAUUCCUCAAUAUAAAGAUAUUCCAACACUAGAAAAAAUUAGUGUUAAAAAUGCACUUAAAGAAGUUUUACCCAAAGCGGAACAACUUAAGGAUAAAAUAUAUUCGAAAUACCAUAAUGAAUACAUCGAAAAACAAAAACAAAUAGAAAAAACUAUCAAGGAAGAAGUGCUUUCUAGAGAAAAAUCUCAGCCUUCAAUAAAAAUGAAUACUAUCAACAAUAACAAUGAAAAUGAACUUGAUAAUUAUAAUAUAUCAAAUUCGUUAAAAAAUUAUGCAAAUACAAAUACUUCCCAAAAUAAUCUAAGUCAUUCAAAUAUAAAUUUUAAUCAAAUUUCUGUUCCUUCAAGGAGCCUAAAACCUCAAAAUUUAAUUGAUUCUUCUAUAUCAAAUCAAAGCAAUCGAACUGGUUAUCAAUCCCUGAGACAAGUCAGAGUUCCCAAAAAUUUAGCCCUCAUUUUCUUAUCCCUGGCGGAAUCAAACACCGAUAAAAAUAUUGAGACUGGUGGUCAUUUAUUUGGAAAAUUGAGUCAAAAUGUUUUCACGAUAACCCAUCUGGUUAUCCCGAAGCAAACUGGUCAACCCAAUUCGUUCCUAGCCACCAGCGAGGAAGAAAUGGUUUAUUUCAAAGAAUCCAAGAAUCUCCUGACACUAGGAUGGAUCCACACUCACCCUUCCCAAACCGCCUUUCUUUCCAGUGUAGAUCUGCACAACCAAUUUCCCAAUCAACAAUUAUUGCCAGAGUAUAUAGCUAUCGUAUGCUCACCGUCUCAUAACGAGGUCAAGAUAUUUACCAUAACAACCGAUUUCGGCAUGAAUGUCUUAGCUACUUGCAAAGAGCAAGGUUUCCAUUAUCACUCGCAGAGCCCGCCAUUAUACGAAGAAUGCAAACAUAUAGUACUGGAGCCUCAUUUGGACGUGGUAGUAGAAGAUAUGAGAAAAUUAUGAUUAUAAUAUUGAAUAAAAUAAUAUAUACAUAUAUUUAUUCCUAAAUUUUCGUUUGAUAUUAUCCAUAUCAUCUGCUUAUUGUUUUAAAUUAAGCUAAGAGUUAUAAAAGGUACGGUUGCCAAAUAUAAAUAAUAUACAAAUUAUCAACAU